UCUCUGGGCUGCCCGACAAUUGGCCAACUAACCAACUGUGCGCGAUAACGAUGACGAUGGGAUUGCGAAAUUUUUGCAAGCCACUCAAAUCAAGUUUUUCCGCCGAACGAAUGCAGCGCAGAAAAUAUGAAAAUCGCAAGUGGUUUCAUUUAGUUUUCAUUUGCGGCUCGUUGACGUUGGUCGGUAUUGAUCAGUGGUGUCGGCUCCUCAGAUAUUGACCCAAAAUUCGGACAAAUACGAUGAUGUUAGAACGGAUUGUGCUGCUGGUGGCAUUGGUACCAUUCGGAGUUCGAGGCGACGAUGGGUUUUUGACCGAGCCGCCAGAUUACAUCAAAGAGUGUAGGAUAGCCGACAGGGACUUUGUCAACUGCUCCACGCGCAGCAUCCAGCAGCUGUUCGACAAACUCAACGAUGGCAUUCCCGGGCUUACCAGCAUCAAGAGCUUCGAUCCCUUCUAUCUCAACCGCAUCCGAAUCACCCAGGGCAACAGCAACGCAAUCAACCUCAAGGUGGAGCUGGCCAACGUCAAGAUCACUGGAUUCGGGCACACGCACGUCCUGGAGAGUCAGGUGUUCAAGAAGGACUACAGUUGGAAGACCACGUUCACGCUGCCCGAGAUGAAGCUCCAGGCCGACUACAGUCUGUUCGGUCGCAUCCUACUCAUCCCCUUGAACGGAAAGGGGCAGGUGUUCCUGGACGCGGAAAACAUGACGGUGACCAUGCACACGAAGACGCGGCUCUACUCCAAGGGCGGCUUCACGUUCUACAACGUGACCGGCCUGCAUGUGGACUUCAAAAUCGAUGGCCUCAAGUCCUACUUCUCCAACCUGUUCAAUGGCAACAAGCAACUGGAGGACAGCACCAACAAGUUCUUCAACGACAACUGGCGCAUGCUGGCGGAUGCCUUGUACACGGUCAUCACCCAGACCAUCGAGGACAUCCUCCUGGACGUGCUGAAGAAGAUAUUCCACUUCAUUCCGGCCAACUUCUUUGUGAGCGACAUCCCGACGCCGGACCAGCUGUACGGGCGGGCCAAGCCGAAGCCGAGGCCGAAAUGA